AUGUUGACAUCAACCCAUCCUUUUGCUCUUCUCUUCAGUGUACCUGCCUUAGGGCCAACCAAGUGCUUGUCGUCAGUCGGGCUGACUGGCUUGCUCGCUUUCUUCACUUUUUGCUUCCGCCCUGGGCCCCCUCCGAUUGAUAGUAGCUACAUGGUGGACAGCGCAAGAAAACAAGAAAUCCUAGCUGGGCAAACUUGUCCAUAUUCACCUGCGCGUCCAUGUCCAACGACGUUGCACCCGCCGUGCAAUAGAUCCCACCACGUCUUUUCUUCUCCCGGCUGCGGCACCUUGGCCCACGACAAAAUACCGCCCUGGUUCAAGCUCCCCUCUUCCCGGCGGGUUGAGCAUCCUAUGCUACCAGCUCGCACUCAUUCCUAUUCUUGGAAGUCUUCCAGACCGAGGAGACCGGUCUUGGGGUUGUGGACCUACACCACCUACCUACCAGUUUGCUUCCCGCGCUGGCCGGCAUGGCUUACCCCUCUACUACCUGGCCCCUCUUGGCACGUCCUUCGCUGGCGGCCUGGAUGCCUCGACGAUGUCGGUGUAGCGCCUUGCAAGCUUAACGUUGUCGCAGGUAACGAUCGGCACAUUCCUCUAUCUUCCUCCAACUUCUUCUCAUCCAUCAUGGCUCAGUUUUUGACCUCCAUUCUACCUAAUGAAGGACGCAGAGAUGAUUUAUUUUACGUCUCGCUGCACACCAUCGAUUCAACCUCGCUGAGUCUAUUCCGCAGGGAAAGCAUCCACUACAUUCCUCCCUCCCCCCAUCCGUAG